AUGUGGCUGGCUAGGAGGUCUGCUGCCUCCUUGGUACUCUGGGGAGUUGGCUUUGUGCGCUCUGCCAUCAAUAUUGACGGAUCUCAAGCCGUGGAGCCAGUAACUGAAGACGACCCUUCACCUAUUGGCGACAUCAACACCUACCACCCCGACCAAUAUGAUUGUCCACUCCCGUGUAUUGACUUUGCAAAUACACAUACCUGGACGCCAUAUUUGUCUGUGGACCGUCUGAAGCGCUGCAAUGAGCCCAUGCUGUUGCAAUUCUCUGUUACACAGCCACUUGAUGACCCGGAUUCAACUAUCCUUAUACGAAGCUGCACACUUGGUUCGCAGGAGACUUCCUUCCAGGGGUCUGUACCCAAGAUACAAAAUCCCAAGAAGACAAGUAAUCAGUAUGGAGGUGGAAGCCUCAAAAACUCUCCAGCAUGUGUUAUUGAUGGCUUCGAAGUUGACGAUAAGCUUGCGCUUGCGAAGAGCAGCAGCGGCAAAGGCAAUGGCUAUGAAGUUGCUGGCUUGUUGGAGAGCAUGGGCGAAUUCUUCAAGGCUAAAGAUAACUGCGAUGAGAACUUUCUUUUUGCCUACCACAAACAAGCCGUCGCAAGCGUUUAUAUCGGCCCCGGUCUUGGCAAGCCGACUAUUGGCUCUGCGUUGAAAAGCCUGGCUGCGAAGCUGCUGGACAGCGAUUCCAUCUCUGAUUACACGGUCGCUCAACUCUGCGGUCGCGGCCGUAUACCUGCGAGAACCCUUGGUAUCUCAGUUGACACGACUGGCAAUCUCGCAGCUGUUCAGAAGACGGCAUUGGACUGGAGCAAGGGCAUCUGCGCUGCAACAGGAGACCUCAUUGUCGCAGGCAACCUUGCUGAUGUCAAGGUGCUGGACAUUGGAGGUUCCAACAGCACUUUCAGCGGUGCAAGAAACUCAUCGUUGGCAUCCAGGGCAGCAUCUUGGCUUUACAAAAAAGACGAACAUGCUGAUAGCAUAUUGGACAAGCGAGCGACUUGUCGUUAUCUACAAGUCAACGAGGGAGACAGCUGUCCGUCCCUCGCCACUCGAUGUGGCAUAUCGCCUGCCGACUUUACAAAAUACAACCCCUCGUCCACUCUUUGUUCUUCUCUUAAAGCAGGGGGCUAUAUAUGCUGCUCAGCUGGUACCCCGUUCGUACCACCUAAGCCUCAGCCAAAUCCUGAUGGUACUUGUGCGACACAUCUCAUUGUGAACGGCGAUUCGUGUGACGAUCUGGCCAAGAAAAACAACAUCACGACUGCCGAUAUUGAGAAGUUCAACCAAGGCAAAACUUGGGCUUGGACUGUGUGUAAAGACAUGCUUGUUGGUUAUAAUAUGUGCCUGAGCACGGGCAGGGCACCACUUCCACCCCCUCAAGCCGGUGCAGAGUGCGGUCCCUUGGUUGCUGGCACGAAACUGCCGGCAGACAACACCACUUCAAUUGCGGAGCUUAACCCAUGCCCCCUCAAAGCAUGCUGCAGCAAUUGGGGCUUCUGCGGUGUUUUCCCUGCUCACUGUGACAUUCACGCUCCUGCAGGCGGCGGUCCCGGAGCCAAGGACAAGGGCUUUCAGAAUACAUGUGUCUCAAACUGCGGUAACAAGAUCAAAUCAAACUCGGGCCCUCCUACAACAUUUCAGCGGAUUGGAUAUUACGAGGCUUUUGGGCUUGAUCGAGAUUGCCUCUGGCUAAAGGCCAAAAAUGCAAACACCGACGGCAGUUACACGCAUAUUCACUGGGGCUUUGCCACAAUCGACUCGAGUACCUGGAAGCUCGUCAUUAAUGAUACCAAAGGUCAAUGGGCAGACUUUAAGAAGUUGCCCAAUGUGAAGAGGAUUGUGUCCGUUGGUGGCUGGGCAUAUUCGACCGAAGCAGCAACGUACAAUAUUAUCCGACAAGCCAUCAUCACUAACAAGAAUGCAUUUACCACGAAUAUUGCUCAAUUUAUUAAGGAUGAAGGUAUUGAUGGCAUUGACAUUGACUGGGAAUAUCCUGGUGCACCGGAUAUUCUGGUUAACGGCCAGCCAAUCGGUCAAAAGUCUGAUGGUGCCGAUUACCUUAGUUUCCUCACCUUACUGAAACAGAAACUGGGCUCGGGAAAGUCUGUAUCAAUCGCAGCACCGGCUUCAUAUUGGUACCUCAAGGCCUUCCCCAUUGACAGGAUUAGUGCGGUUAUCGACUACAUUGUCUAUAUGACUUAUGAUUUACACGGCCAAUGGGAUUACGGGAACGCGAAUGCGUUUGACAUGUGUCCGUCGGGCAAAUGUAUUCGCAGUCAUGUCAACAUAACUGAGACUAGAAACUCUCUUGCGAUGCUCACGAAGGCUGGCGUGCCAAACAACAAGAUUUUCGUCGGCGAAGCCAGCUAUGGAAGAGCUUUCCACAUGGCUGUGAAUGGGUGCUGGGGACCAACCUGCGAUUUCACUGGCUCUAGGCUUAAGUCAGAUGCGAAACCUGGACGCUGUACCAAGGCACCAGGGUAUCUUGCCUACGCAGAAAUCAACGAGAUCAUCAAGAAUGGCCAAAGUGAUCAAGCAUUCCGUGAUACGGGAUCCGAUUCAAACGUGAUGCUUUAUCAAGGGGACUACGUGAGCUAUAUGUCUACAGCAUUAAAGGAGACAAGGCGAACUGAAUGGAAGGGGCUGAACUUUGCGGGGACCAUAGACUGGGCCGUUGAUUUGCAGUCUUUCACAACAGAUGACUUGAACGCUCCACCAGCGACACCGAAGCCUGGCGCUACCGGAUGUACCUCCGGAGCAGACAAGAGCGUCAAUUCCGGGGAUCUUUGUGAAUUCGCAUGUGGCCACGGAUUUUGCCCGGAAUCUACUUGUAUUUGCACCUCAACAGGAGUGGUGGACAAACUUCCAGCAGCAUCUGAAGUCGAUGUUAUGGCUUGGGACCCGGCUGAUGUCGACCUAAACCGUCUCUGCAAAUUCAGCUGCAAAUACGGUUAUUGUCCACAAGGUGUUUGCACAAACGUUCCUAAAGCUGGGGGAGAUGAAGAAUUCGAAGAGGAUGACGGAGCGUAUCACUUCAACUACACAGAUGCGAGAUGGCAAAACGCUCACCUCUGCCCCGUCUUUUCAGAUUCGUCGAACAGAGACGUAAGUAUAAACGCGUGCAAGCGGGUCUGUCAGCCAGCACUGGAUGAUGCAGCUGCAGAAAACCGGACAAGCAACUAUGGCUGCAUUGGUAACUUCCCACUUGAUCAAGAUAUCCCGUGGACAAGAGUUCCUGGAAAGGAGAUCUAUAUGGCACCGGGACAAUGCUUCUGCGAUAGUGUGUUCGUCAACGAAAUCGCCGAAUUCGUCCUGGAUGCGCUGCCAAUUAUUGCUCAGAUUGGAUGCUACCUUCUCAUGUCCACCCUCAAACUUGUACUUGACAUCGGCUUGGACUUGAUCCCCGAAGUUGGAAAGCCUCUUGACGCCGGCUUGGACAUGGCCAUAACCGCGGCCGAGAUGGUGAACUACAUAUAUCCGCAAAGCGAGGACCCUGGGGGUGCCUUUGAGUGGUGGUUGAGUCCAUGUGGUGGUUCCGGGUUGGUUCCAGACGACAUCAAGCAGGUGUACGACACUCUUAGCCAGGUAACAGGGGGCAUUUCGGGUUUCAAAAAACCAAAGAACAUCCCUAAAGGAAGCGGCAAAAAGGGCGAUGAUGGCAACCCGACAGACAGAGCAAAGCCUCGGCCCAACACUGGUGGCAGUGGAAAAACACAGCCGACCAAACCGAAAUGCAGGGUUCCGCCGUCCAAGGUGACACAGCGACUUGGCGCGGCGAAGAACACGCUGCGCCUACAAUCCUGUACCAACGACAAGACGACAACGACCGAGUACAUCAUCACAUCGCUCGGCUACGCGGCCAAUGCGAGGCCGACGCAGGUGGCCAAACAUUGCGAUGGUGCUUGGACACAGGCGUGUUACCAUUACAGCUCGGUCAUACAAGUAAACCCCUCAUGGUCGACGCUCACAUGCCCGCAAGAGGCAGCGGCGACGUCACAUCGUCUAGACGCCAGCGCGACGUCGUCUUGGUCGAGUCAACACACAGGGGCGGGCUGGCAGCUCCCGAAUGCUCCUGGACGAACGUGGCAGGUCUGUGACAGAGACGAGUACCCGCCGGCGUACUUUUUGACCAAGCAAGAUCCAGCAUAUAUAAACGCCGGACUAAACAGCAAAGGACAGUUGGUGCGUUUUUUGCCAGAUGACCAAAAUCGAAAAGCUGGUCAGAUGUGGAAAGGCUCAUGCUUCGGCACUCCGAUACGAGACAUGUCCGAUAGGGACGUUAUGGACAACGUGGCCAAGGCGCCUACGAACAAGAAGAGUUAUGUGAAGAGCGGAAACCUUGAGCAAACAAUGGCAGAAGUUGCCAUCAACGUUCGACCCGAGUUCACAAUCUCCUCUUGGGGGCCACCAGUCAGUCCAGAUGCUGGUCUGUGGGACAACCCUUGCUGGCCAAGUGGCAUCGCUGCUGGCGACCCUGGGUUUGCUCUGCUCACGUUUGAUCCAUGGUAUGGAGGCCGGCCGCCGCCUUAUGAUUAUAAAAAACCAUAUGCCAAAGGCACAAAUGGGUCUUGA